AUGAAAUUCAAUACCAUAAACUCUUUACGACUCGCUUUAAGCUUGUUUGCCUUUUCUGUAAUAGCAAAAGACCCGGAAGGGGAGCCUUACCAUUCUGGAGUUCCCAUUCUGAGACGGGCUACUCCUGUGCGGAAUGGAACCACUACAGCGAGAUUGAUACCUUCAUCUAGUCGCCAUUCUCUUCCACCUUCAACAAUUCGUUCGUCAGGAACUUCAUCAUCUCGUGGUCCCACCUCAGUCCCAACAAAUGCACCAACAAUCACUAGCCCCCCAGUCUCAUCAGAGGCACCAACUACGACGCCACCGGUAACAACAACGGUCAGCAAUGGAGAUGCCAUUGUAGUACCUUUCGGCGCAGUUGUCGUAGGAGGCCCUGGCGGCGGUUCUUUCACCAUCGCGGGCUCGGCUGCAGCGCCCGUUGCAGUUGCGGCCGGCACGACCGUGACAGCCGGCUCUUCGUCGGAGGGAGACAAACCCGAUGACCCGGACAAGCCCCCGAGCUCCGUGCCUGAACAGCCCACCUCCGAACCGCCCGCCAGUACGGUACCUGAUAGUUCGGCGCCCGCAAGUACAGCGCCCACCAGCGCAAGGUCGACAAGUUCGGCUCCAAGCGGCACACCUGAACCAUGCCUCAUUUUCCCAAAAGAUCAGGCCACCAGCCAGGAAAAUGCAGAUUUCAUUUCUCUACUAGACAAAGAGCUCGUAAAAGAUAAUUACAGAGCAACUGUCGAUAAGGUAGUAAUGUUUGUAAGCGCCAAUAUCACUCGCGUGCAGCAAGCGACUCUUUCUGAAAAUCCCUUGGUCGGCGGCGUUGAGCCGGUUGUUAACUUUGACAACAACGCCGGAAAGUCCGUACUGGUUCCGAACAGCAAGCGCGACGACGAGAUCCAUGAGAAGUGGUGGAUGGAGUCGCUAGACAAACUUGGAAGAAUAAAGAAGCGCGCGGUAGUAAAGCAGGACAAAGCGCCAACCGAGCUCAUCAUGUUCUCCCAGCCUCCGCUGGUAGACAUCAAAGUGCUUAGUGCUUACACGUACGAUGACAGUGCGGGAACCGAUAUCACGGUCUACGUCCUGGACAGUGGAUACUACACCAAGAACAGCGAGUAUACCGGUAUGGCGGUAAAGCCUCGUUGGAUCUUCGGAGGCUCACAAGCCGACAAAUCCGUUGAAGAAGACAUAGAUUCCGGUGGCCACGGUAGUUGUGCUGGGUCUAAAGUCAACGGGCCUAAAUAUGGAACAGCGAAGAAGGCCAACCUCGUUGUUGUGAAAGCUGAAACAGCGUCUGACGACACGCUUGAUGCCCUAAACAAGAUCUUGCAGGAUGUGAGGGAUAAGAAAUUGGAGAUGAUCAAAGAAGACGUUAUCUUCAUCGCAGCAUCUGGCAAUGACAACAGGGAAGAAGUCGACGAUGGUAAAGUUGCCGCGCUCGACGUAGACUCGUGGCCCCCCUUGUUAGCAGGCUCUGGCGUGCCGAUCAUCAACGUUGGAGCCGUUGAUAACACUGGCAAGAAUGCCUCAUUCUCCCAGGGAGGUCCUCUUGUUCAUGUCAUGGCACCCGGGGUCCAGGUCCAGUGUGCUGCCAACUCAUUCUUCUCUAACACACAGAAACUAGAUGGAACUUCCUUUGCCGCGCCCGCGGUAGCUGGCCUCGCAGCCUAUUUGCUUGCAUUGGGGGAGUACCCAGAACUGUACCAGUCUGGAAAGGUAGCGGAGAACAUGAAAAAGCUCCUCAUCGAUAUGGCGUACCAAAGAGUACCAGAUGGCGGCCAGGUCGUUUUCAAUGGUCAAGGAGCUGUAUGUUCUCGCCCCAGAAGCGCCAAGAUGAGAAGGCAAGACCUUAGCGGCGAGGCAUGCUCCGUUGUCUCGUCCACGAGUACGAUACAGCCCACACCGACCGGCACGAAGCCACCAAGCUCGACGGCUGCCCCUUCCAAGGCUCCUCCGACGACAACUUCAAAGCCACCUGCAACAACAUCUGCACCUCCACCUCCACCUCCGCCGCCGGCACCAAAGACUCUGUUCUCGUUGAAUGAGCAGGUCGCAGCGGGUACUACGUCAUGCUUUCCUACAAACAGCUUUUCUACCACAGCUGGCACGACGUACGGCUUCUCGUUUGAAGUUGACGCUGGCCUGCUGGUCAGUAUUCAGACCGGUUCGACAGAUGAAGGAUACCAUCAAUCCAAGGGCUCUUGGACAGGUACCUUCUACGCCGAGUCGAGUGCGUCACUUUCAAUCUGCGGAACUGACACAGGGUCGGGCUCAGCACCACUGGUCUUCAAAAUUACGGAAGAGCCGUCACAGGCCGUCAAGCCGCCUGCUGGUAAAGAGGUGUUCAAGAUGGAUGAGAAGGUGUCCGCCGGAACGACGUCGUGUUUCCCGACAAGCGGCUUCAAUAUCCAAGAGGGCAAUUAUGGCUUCUCGUAUACCACCACGGAUGGCAUCCUCAUCCAGAUUGGCGAUAGCAGUUCAGGUCCCAAAUACUUCUCUGGAAACAGGGCGUCGGGGGCUGGUCUGAUGUACAUUGACUUCUCAGGGGGUAGCAUUUCGGUCUGCGCAACGAAUAACGGAGGGGGAGAGGCGCCUCUCUCAUUGAGCAUAACGCAAUAG